CUGAACGCGAGUGACUGAGCUGCUAUCUGCAAGAGGCAUUAGGCGCCCGCGCUUACCUGGCGUAACGUGAAAUUGAACUCGUUUUUUAGCACGCACUGAGUGCAAAACUCCCGCUUCCGCUUUGGCUGAUACAUCCUACAAGUAGUUACUGGCCGUCACUGUCAAAAACGGCAUGCGGCUCGCUGUAGACGGGCGUCUAGCGGGCCCUGGCCCUGGCACUCAUGGGGGCCCGCAGGCUGGGCGGAGGCCCUGCGCACCCGUGCGCGUAGCACCUUCACCAGGUAUCAGGUCUCGGAGCGCAGCGGUAUGCCAGUGCAGCGCUGGCGGAAUUUCGGGGGUCGGGUCCCCGGCCCCGCCUUCGCAGCCAUCGCCCGCGGACACCACCGGCGCGCUGACUGAUUUGAGCGCGAACCCCCUGGAGGAGGCCUUCGCGACGAGCACUGGGCUCGUGGAUGCGGUGCAGCAGGAUGAGGCGGAGAUCGACUUCCUGGGUGAGAGCACGGAGGGCAACCUGCACCUGCACCUGGUGGACAGCCUGAGGAAGGGCAAGGUGGGUGUGAUCAACGUGUUUGGCAUGCAGCAGCUGGACGACAUCUACGACCUGCCGCUGGCCAAGCUCAAGGCGGCAACACAGUCUGUGCUGGACGUGCUGGACGUGCCCGAGUCCUUUCCCGACGGCAACCCGCAGCGGGCCAUCUACUGCAGCCGCACACUCAACCUCAGGAGCAUCAAGGCCAUCGGCUAUGACAUGGACUACACGCUGAUCCACUACGACGUGAACGCCUGGGAGGGCCGCGCCUACGAGUACGGGCUGGAGACGCUGAGGCAGCAGGGCGUGCCGGUGGACGGUCUGCGCUUCGACCCAGACCUGGUCAUCCGCGGUCUGAUCAUGGACAAGGAGUUUGGCAACCUGAUCAAGGUGGACAGAUUCGGUCUUGUGAAGCGCGCCAUGCACGGCACGCGGAUGCUCAACUGGCAGGAGAUCCGCGAGCUGUACGGUCGUGAGGUGGUGAACCUGCGCAACGAGGGCCGCUGGGUGUUCCUCAACACACUGUUCAGCGUCAGUGAGGCCGUCAUGUACAUGCAGCUGGUGGACCGACUGGACCUGGGCAUGUUCCAGGUGGGUACUGGCAACAUCAGCUACCAGGCGCUGUACGGCAUGGUGAGCAAGGCGCUGUACCGCACACACGUGGAGGGGAAACUCAAGGCCGAGAUCAUCCAGGCUCCGGAGCGCUACGUGGAGUUGGAUCCGGAGAUGGCGCAGACGCUGUUGGACCAGCGCGACAGCGGCAAGCAGCUGCUGCUCAUCACCAACUCCGACUACGAGUACACAAACAAGAUGAUGUCGUUCGCCUACGACCCUUUCCUUCCCAGCGGCAUGCGGUGGCGCGACCUAUUCGACAUGGUCAUCGUCAUGGCACGCAAACCCGACUUCUUCAACUACAACAUGUCGCUGUACGAGGUGGUGACGCCCGACGGGCUGAUGCGGCCAGUGCUGGGCGCGUGCAAGGGCGGCCUUUACUGUGGCGGCAGUGCCCGCAUGGUGGAGAAGGCUCUGGGUGUGGAGGGCGACGACCUACUGUAUGUGGGCGACCACAUCUACACGGACGCGGCCCUGGCCAAGAUAAACUUCAGGUGGCGCACGGCGCUGGUCAUUCGGGAGCUGGAGCUGGAGAUCGACGCACUGGCCCGGGGCCGCCCGCACCGGGACGCGCUCAAGGAGCUGAUGAUGAAGAAGGAGCUGAUUGGUGACGUGUUCAACCAGCUGCGGCUCAGCCGCCAGCGCUGGGUGCACGGCCACACCGCCAACGCCUCCUUUGAGGACGAGGAGGGCAUCAACGAAACACUGGCGCAGCUGCUGAUGGUAAUGGAGCACCUUGACGACCGCAUUGGGCCGGCGUUGGAGCGGGACGGCGAGCACUUCAACAAGCGCUGGGGCUACCUGUCCCGUGCGGGGCUGAAUGACAAGUCGCAACUCAACCGGCAGAUUGAGAAGUACGCCGACAUCUACACAUCUCGCGUGUCCAACUUCCUGCGCUACACGCCCUACAGCUACUUCAGGUCGCCGUCGCAGUCGCUCGCACACGACCGCAACCUCACGCGCUACUACGAGCGCACCUACGUCAAGAAGCAGCAGCAGGCCGCCGCCGCGGCCGCCGCCGUAGCAGCCGCGGCUGGCGGGGUCGGCGUGGUCGCGGGCGAUGGCGGGGGCAACGGCACGCACAGCAGUAGCAGCAACGGUUCCAGCAGCAACGCUUUCAGCGUGUCGAUCCACGUUGGAUCCAACGGCUACAACCCGUACGACCCCAACGACCCGGAUUCGGAUCCGGAGCACGAGCAGGAUGUGGUGUAGUUACAGCACGAAAGUACUGGGACCCAAUGAAUCCAGCGAGGUGGAGGCGGCACCCUGGAUGUGCUGGGGUGUGGGCAUGUUGCAGCUUGGCACAGCACGGCGGCUGACUACGCGGGAGGCUGUACAGAUGGGUAUUUGCAAAGUUUUCACGAAGGCUGGAUGCAGCUAGGAGCUGAGACGCAAUUGAGGGCGUUGGGGGCGCAGCACGGGAGUAGCCUUGCACCGCACAGUCUGCGGCAACAUCUGAAGUGAUUUCUCACGACUGCAUUAAGCCUAGCUAAGGGGAUGCGCGAUGUGGCCUGGCACGGCACGCCCAACGGCACGCAGUGUCGCUGGCACGCUCAGACAUGAUUCAUGUGAGACUUGAAAGGAAGAGCCAGAUAAAAGAUGCGCUGACGCGUGAGGCUGGGGUAUGCGCUAUUGCUUGUUUUGUCGAUAUUGCCGCAAGUACUUGAGCAUGUCCUGUGCUGCCAUCGUGUGGGGUGACUAGUGAGCCUGGUAAGUGUUUGUCGACAUGGGAUCGCCGCCGCGCGUGUAUAUUAGCAUUGAUCGGUGGUGCAGCUGAGUAUGCUCGUGCAUAGAUGAGUGUGUGUUGGGGUGUGUCUUUGGGGGGCAGAAGUCCGGCCCGUACGGAGGAAUGAGCUUGGCAACUGCAACCAGCCAGGCCAUUGACACAGCAUGCAAGGUAGGGCGCGGUCGUGAGCAUUGUACUAGGCCUUGAGGGCUGCCGUGCGCGCCACGGAACUGGACACGUGGGUUGCAGCUGUGCGGCACGCAUUGGGGUGAGCGGCACGGCGGGCAGUCAGCGGAUUGAAUGGACUUUGGGCGCGUAGGGCAGGCGGCCGCUCGGCUCGGCCGACGGAUCGAUGAGAACCCCACGUGGAUGUGUGGCCGCCCUGGAACCAUGGGGCGCAAUGUUGCGUCGCAGCACAUAGUGUGUAGCAGGAAACGCCGUAAAAGGACUUUAGACGACCUGGGGCGUUCCUUAGGGUGUGUGGGACUUGCGCGCCGUCAGGCCUUCCUCCCACAUGCGGUAGUGCAAAUCGGGCUCGCACAGCUGGGGUUGAGGCGCGGAGCAAUUGGGUGGGGCGGGCGGGCAUGGCUAGAAUGGGAGGGUACGGGCCUGUCUGUGGGUGCCUGCUUCUGUGCCAUGUGCAUUGCAAUGACAUUGGC